GCUUUUAAUGUAGAUUUCAACAUAGAGGUUUAAAAUGGCAUUCAGUCAUUCAAUGGCAAUUAGUCUGUCUGCUGUGCUGGAGGACACUGUCAAUCAACUUUCAAUUCUUGGGAAAAUUAUGCCGGUUUCGCUUCAAGCCCACCCUGAUGCAAAUAAACUUGUACAAAGCAACAUUACUUCUAUGAUCAGCAGUCAAUUGGAUGCUGAGAGAAAUAUGGAAGCUGCUUUGUCUGCAAGGAGUGAAGGGAAAGGACAUCCAGCGAUUCAAGAACUAAUUGGAUCUCUGACAACUAGCAAUCGCUUAGUUGACCAGUCAAUGCGACAAAACCCUCUCACUAAAGAUAACCUUCAAAAAAUCCAAGAUGACAGGCAUUUUUGUGAAGAAGUUUUGUCUGAUGUUCACAAGGAAAUGCUGCAGAGACAUAACUUUCAAUCUCUUUUGAACGCUGUAAAGAUGCAAAAGGAGAAGAAACUUGGACUACAGCGGACUAUUAUCAAGGAGGAACAAGGCAGAAGAAAAAUCAAACAACUUCAGAAGCAAUUGCAAGAUAUAAAGAAAGAGAAGGAGCUUGAAAUUCAACAACGGAAUGAAAUGAUUGCUCACCUUAAGGACCAACUUCAGGAAAUGAAAGCAAAGAGCAACAUGGAGGGAAAGUACGUGAAGAAAAACGCAGAAAACCAAGUCCACCAAAACCAACAGCACUGCCAGAUACUUGAGCAAAAGUUAAAGGAAGAAGUGGAGACACUAAAACGAAAAGUUGACGAAGAAGUUCGAUCCCACGUUGGUAUCGAAGAAUAUUUGAAGAAACAUCAAACGAUGCUUGAGGAAAAAGUGGAGUUCUGGAUGGACAAAUACGAUAAAGACGUAGAAGCAAAGCAACAUGAACUAAACACACUGAAAUCUUCAAAGGCAAACGAUCUAGAGCGUCUACAGGAACUGACCAGAAAGUACACGGAGUAUGAGAGAGUGGUAGUGGAGGAUCGGAUUGAGAAAGAGAAAGAGAGGAGGAAGAGGGAGCAGGAGGAGAUCGAACUCAAAUCUGCCGUCAAGUUGCAAUCUUGGUGGAGGGGUACUAUGGUGGUGAAACAGAUUGGACCCUUCAGCAAAAAGAAAAAGAAGGGGGGCAAGAAAGGGAAAAAGGGAAAGAAAGGGAAGAAAAAGUGAUCGCGUCAUCUUGGAAUGUGUUUUAUUGUUUAUUGUUGUGUUUUGUCAAUAACCAAUCAAGAGAAAAUCAAAACAAUUUCGUGUUUUUAUUUUGGUUGAUUUUGGCGAUUAAAAAUUAGGUGAAAUUUUAAUGUCCUGAGAUUUUGAUUUCAAAAAUACUAUUUUUAAUUGGUACGGUUUUGAAUUGGGCAGGUGUAAUAUGGGUUAUAAGGUUAGUAAAUUUGUUACUUUUGUGAAAUAAAAAGGUACUAAGUUAGGAGAAAUUCAGAUUUGUCACUAAGCGGCGCAAAAGCAGUGGCGGGAAAAUAGUUUUAAACUUGGAUUGUUUACAAAUGUGAACAGGCAGAAAAAU